AUGUUCUCAUCCGAUUACCUCAGAUUCUACGUCGAGGGCAUGCUCCCCAGACAUUCCUUCGGUGCAUUCGAUGAUUGGGACGUUGGAACCAUCGAGAUCCGCCCAAGAGCCCUGAGGCCCUUCGAUGGAAAUCGCAGCAAUGCCCUUGGAAUACAGUGUUACCUUAUGGAUCAGCUAAAUGAAGGGCUUUGGAUAAAAUUGGACGAAAUUCCAGAUUUUGCGGACACACAUGCUUUCCAUGUCGACACUAUUGGAGGAGAUGGUGAGUUAAAUCACGCCCACAUUACAUUUCUGGGGGAGGGUGUCAUUGAGUUGCGCCUCGAAGGUCGAGCGCUAGAUUCCGAGCAUGUAUAUACAGCUGAUCGGUCACAAUGGGGACGGCCGAAGGCACCUCAGGAGGUGCGCUAUAUUGGGGUGCAAGACGAAGACGAGGUGAUUCCGGAAAACGUAUACGAUUCAGAGGAAUGGGACAUGGACGCAGAGGAUGGCUCAGAGGAUGAUUAG